AUGUCAACAGAGAACUUCAUAAGAUUGAGGUUCGGCCGAAUCAUCGAAAGGAUCCAUAUGGCAGGGUCACAGCCUCAUGCAUCUUCAGCACCAGUGGGAGAAACUGUUUCACCACCUAUCAUGCCAAAUGCAGGGGAAACAUUUCAAGCACCUGCUGACUGGGUGUCCUAUAUUCAACAAUUGAACAAUCAGCAUAAUCAGACUUUGCAAAACAUGUUGCGGGAGCAACAAAUGUUGCGGGAGCAACAAAACCUUAUGCAAAAUAUGCUAAAUCAGACAUUAUCAAGGGUUACUCUGCAACCCACCCAGACACCGCCAGAGUCAUCACCAUCCAGAUUACAGGCAAAUUUUGCGGGGCCCUCUUACGUGGAUAGCACUUUUCCAAGUGCUACUGCCACUAGGGUUGACAGGGGAAAGACUCCUCUCACAUACCCAAAUAAUGUUCCACUGGGUGUUAGGGUCGAACCAACCGACCCCAGAGAACAAAGAUUGGGAGGACAGGCUCACAAUUCUAUUCCUGUAUUUGACCCUGUUCCACCCAGGGUAGAUCCGGAAGACAUUGCUCAAGUCUUGAGAGUGCAUUUUGGAAUGAAUCCUCAGACGGUCAAUAGACCAGCCUAUCAGAGGCCAUUCUCAGAAAGAGUCAUCAAUGAGCACCCCCUUCCGAGGAAUUACAGACCACCCGACUUUCACUCGUUUUCAGGAGAAGAUGGAGCAUCAACCAUUGAGCAUGUGGGACGCUUCACGGCUCAAUUGGGGGAAGUGGGCAAUAAUUCGUUUUACAAAUUACAGUUGUUUGGAUUAUCGCUCACAAGAACCGCUUUUUCAUGGUUCGCUAAUUUACCAACAGGACAGUUUCAAACUUGA